AUGCAACAAAGGGAAGAAAGGAAAAAGGGAAGAAAGAUAACAAAGGGGGAUCAAGAUAAGAUACGCCGGAAUAUCUUUUUUGCCGGAGCACCAGUUCAAACCGUAAAGAAAUUCGACGCCGGUUUGAACAAGAAGACGGCAGCUGUUAAUGCUAGGAAGCUAGACGAGGCGGCGGAACCAGCAGCGCUUGAGAAAGUUCCUGUGGAUGUUAGACAAGCGAUACAGAAAGCGAGGAUUGAGAAAAAGAUGAGUCAAGCUGAUUUAGCGAAGCAGAUUAAUGAACGAACGCAGGUUGUUGCAGAGUAUGAGAAUGGUAAGGCGGUGCCUAAUCAACUUGUGUUGGGGAAAAUGGAAAAAGUGCUUGGUGUUAAACUCAGAGGCCUGUAG